UAAUAGAAAAUUGUUUGUUUCGUUUUAGACUUUUCGUACAAAAUGGGUAACAAGAACAGUGGAUCCAUAGAACCCUCUCUUUCUGGAUUCUCCCAAGACGUUGAAGAGUCCACCAAUCAUGAGAACUCUUACAGUAGACCACCAAUGCCCCUGCCUCUUAGAAUGUCCCCACCUACCUUUCCCAAACGAUCCUAUUCUGUCUUAGAGAGACAGAAGCCACCACCAGACGCUUAUCAUACAAUAGUUGCUCCUCCUAUUAUUAACAGGACAAGCAGUGUCUCAUCACCGCUGGGUGGUAUCACUAGGCCCUCCUCCUCUUCCUCUCCUUCGGUCAUUAAGACUACAACCGAGAGUCCCUCAUUUGACGAUGCUGCUGAUCAUUUGCUUGAGGCUACUCCCAAAGAUGGAGCAAAGGACGUCCCACUUGGUUCAAAGAUCGUCGUGUUCUUUGAUAAAGAUGUCCGCUCUGUUAACGCUGCUAAAUUAUUUGAAGUUAUCUGUGAGUCACCCGAGCAGGGGUCUACCCCAGUUAAAGGUCGAGUGAGUUUUGACUCUCGGCAGAUGAAAGUAGAGUUCACACCACAAAGGACUCUCUUUCCUAACUCGAAGAUUAUUGUACAGUUACAUGGUCUUGCCCUCACUACAACUAACUGCAGUCAGAGUGUAAAUAUUAAAGAUGCAGCCUUUUCUUUUCAUACUUGUAAUCCACCACCAAAGACUGUGGGCAUUAAACUAAAGAACCAAUCAAAUGCAGAGCAGCUACAGAUAGCCAAUUAUUAUGAUUUAUUCAAUUCACUUAUUAACUGGAGCUCAAGGAAGUGGGGCUGCUCAGGUGAACAUGUAACUGGGUUGUUUAGUCAGAGAGAUGGAGCCCUUGUACCACUGAAGGCUGAUUUGGACAUACUCAAUGUGAAGGAAGAUGACAUUAUUGUCAUUGAAAUCAAAGACUAAAAAUGUAUUUAUGCUAUCCUUGUAAUCUUUUAUUUAUAGUGCAUAGUGUGACUGACAUCACUGACACACACACACAAUGUUUAAGUUUUUUUGUAUUGUAAAUCAUUGCACAUCCACUUUUCAAUCUCUCUUAUAAAGACCUUUAAUUAUUUUUUAAUA